AGUCUUUUGCGAGUUGCAGAGUUCUCCCGGCACGAUCGCGUUUGGAUUCGGGAGGGGUCCGGCGCUCUGAUUUACCGUUCGUCACAGCACAUAUGGUGUAUUCUGUUUGAACUCUUAGACAUACACACAAUAAUGGCCACUUUGGGACAGCAGCGCUGCGGUGGCGUUGGCGCCGAGGCUCGUCGCGCGCGGAAGGCGGUGCUCCCCGUCGUCUGUGGCAAGAGCCUCUUCAGCAGCCGCCCGCGGAGUCCGCUGCACAAGCAGGGUGUCCGUCAUGCUGCUGCAGUGGUCACUGCUCCCGGUCCGGUGUCGCAGCGCUUCGCUCAGGUGGCAGGCAAAGUAGACUUCAAGGGCGUGCACCAUGUCGCUCUGCUGUGCUCUAACCUGGAGCGCGCGCUGGAGUUCUACCAGGGCAUUCUAGGUCUGGAGAUUAACCCUGAACGCCCCCACAGCAAGCUGCCUUACCGCGGCGCCUGGUUGUGGAUUGGUCCCGAGAUGAUUCACCUGAUGGAGCUGCCCAACCCGGAUCCGCUGACGGGCCGGCCCGAGCACGGCGGCCGCGACCGGCACUUCUGUGUGGGCGUGGCGUCUAUUGAGCCGCUGGUGGAGAAGCUGGAGGCGGCCGGGGUGUCAUACACCAAGUCCAUGAGCGGCCGCGCGGCGCUGUUCUUCCGCGACCCGGACAUGAACUGCCUGGAGUGCGUGGAGAUGGAGUCGUGGCGCUGAAGCACCCUCAUAUACGUGCAGCCGGCGCGGGGGUGGGGGGCAGCUGGACACAACAUGAAGCAGCCCGCACUUGACGAGCAGUCUUGUGACGCACCUGGUCGCCUUGUGACGAUACUUAACCCGGCUCUGGAGGAGGAGUGACAUGGCCACAAUGCAGCUUGGGGAGGCCUGGACGGGAUGGGCUGCCGCUUAAGGAAGGAUGGCGGCUCGUGGCGGUGGUUAUAGCGAGGAGAACAAUAUCACGGCGAAGCGAAGAGAGCUGCAGCAGCUUGGCAUCUCUCAAUUUCCCUGGUGACGCAUGCGCGCACGCUCGAAUGCGGUUGGGCUGGUGUGUGGUGUGUCCCCCUGGGCUGCGUCGCCGGCGUCCGCCAUCAUCUGCGCAGCUGCUUCACAGCCCCCAGCCGGGCGCGGAGGCCGAAGCAAGCUGGUGCCAGUAACAGUGAAUAAGUGAUGAUGGCGGUGGUGGCGGCCGCCCAGGCGUUGAGUGAUGCGCCCCGCUUGGUAGCCGCGUAGGCACCAUGACAGAGCGACUCGACAGGGUGGCUGGGUGAAUGCCAAAGCUGUGCGCGGCGGGGCUGUAUGAUGAUGAUAAUGUACUGAGUUUCUUGAGCGGUUUGGCGUUGGCGUCGGUGUUGCCAUUCGUUCGCGUGUGAUGGUAGGCUGCACGCGGCUUCAAGUUUAUGUGCACGUUGAUGACUGGUAGCGUGCAGUCCGUUUCCAGUCGGCACGGAGGUCCUCAAGUAGUAAGGCGCCUGCUAUUGUGCUCUCCCUGAGGUCACUGGCGUGUAGACGGUCGGGCAAGGCAGGGCAGUACUUGAUGUACGAGUAUUGGUUGGCAGAGGUUGCAGGCGUAGUUUACAGGCGUAGGAUGGUUCCAGAGCGAAACACAAUCCCCAAAGCUGAAGUGCAUGGUGUAUGGUUGAUGGUUCAAAUGCAAACUGAGGCAGGUACGGUAAAGGUGCGCUGAAUGUUACGCGGUUGGGCGAAGAAUUCCAGUCAAAGGCAGACAAUAAGUACUCAAAUCCCAUGAAGGUAGGUAGUGAGGCCUUCCCGAUGUCGACGGUCAGGUACUGGACAAGAGGCAAUAGCGGCAUGCGGGCCCGGUGAAGACCGGAUGCAGAAGGCGGAGGUGGCUAUGUAGGCUGGCCCUGUGCCAUUCACAUCCGGCAUGCUCUGCUGUAACACCGGCUGAGUUGUGCACUGUUCCGCCAGGUCAUGCACACGUGAUGCAGGGCGUGCAUUUCUUUCGGGGACAGGCAUGCGGGUGACCGUAGCUGUUGGUGUUCCAGGGUCGCGGUUAGAGGCCAAGGAUGCCCCCCUCACGCCUGCUCGCGCCCAUUUAUGUGCCGAGGUGCGGUAACACCCGUGGGUA